AUGUAAAUUAAAAAAAUUUAAGAAAUCAAUUGCUAAUGUUGUGUAUAUAGAAACAAUAUAAGAAUAUUAGUCAAAGGGGAAAAAGGUUUACUCAGAAAAGUUGUUAUUUCCUUAUAUGAAAGAUAUCCAGCUCACGCUGCACCAAUCAUCAAAUAACCUAUUAAACUCAAAUAACCUACUUUAGAAUAGAUGUUUUCCCGCCAAAAAUAGGCAAAAGAAGAAACUAAGGAGGUUAUUGAGAAAAAACCGCUUGAAAUGGAGGUUUAUAUAAAAGUAUAUUGCAAUGGAGAGGAAUUACUUUGCUUCAACUUAGAUGAAAGCAUAAAUUUAUCUAAAUCUGAAGUGAGAUAAUAAACACUCAAUUUAUAAUUUGCAGAUAAAAUUCUAUCUCUUUAUGAGUGUCCUAAUGAAAUACUAGAAUAAUUUAGAUCUGUAUUGAUUUGUAUCUAUAGAUUACAUUAUCCUUAGAAUUAUAAAAUGAUAAAAAAUAAUUACUGAAUCACAGAAAGAAAAUUUAAAAUAUCUAAACAUAAGAGAUAUAGCAAUAAGAACCUGAAAUUCCUCCAAGAGAUACAUAAGAAAAAAGAGAAUUAAAUGAAAUCUAAAAGCUUAAAUUAUAAAGGAGAUUACUAGCUUCUCAAUAAUAAUAAUAAUAGUAAUAAUAAUAAUAAAGUGAAUAAAUCUAAAAGUAAAUAAUAAAGACUAAAUCAUCAGAAUCUGUUAAUACAAUUAAAUAAUUAAAUAUUAAAUUCUAACUACCUUUAUUCAUUUGGACUUAGAUAUUAUAUUAUAUAGAUACUAGAUAAUUAUUAAGAUUAAGAUUGACAAACAAAUAGUUUGAAUAAUCAAUCAAUAAUAUAGUUAAUAAAUUAUCAUAUAAACAUGUAGGUGAGAUUCCAUUUGAAACUUUAUGUCGUUCACUUACCAAAUUUUCAAAGUUAAAACAUAUAAUUUUUGGAUCUCUAAAGUUUAUUAAACCUACUCAAUUAUAAGAUAUUAGAAUAAAUUCUAUCCCACAUCUAUUAAGUUUAGACUUUAAAGAUUAUCAUGCUUUGACUGAUAAAUUAUGUUCCAAAUUUAUUUUGCAAUGUGUCAAUUUAAAAACCUUAGUGUUACCUUACAACUCUAAAAUUACUAGUGAUACUAUUACUUUAAUUUCUUAAAAACUCACAAAUCUCGAAAAACUAAAACUAGUAGAAAAAGAUAAAGGUUAAUUAAAUGAAGAAAUUGCUUUUACAUCAUUUUUAUCAAUCUUUUAAUUAAAAUAACUUUAAUACAUUAGAAUUCCCUUUUUAUAAGUAGAAUUUUUUAUGAAAUAUUCUUAAUUAAAUGAAACUAAUCCAUUUAAUUCUAUAAAAUAGAAAAUUAAAUUUGGUACAAUAAUAUUUUCUAUUUUAAAUUCAAAUUAAAUAUCUUAAUUUCUAAUUUUUCUAUAAAUUAAUAAUGAGAUCAAUAAGUUAAGCAUUGGGGAAUUAUAAAUGAAAAAUUAAAGUGCUUUGAAAUAUACUGUUUUAUUUGAUGAAAGAAUAUUUUAAUAAAUAAAUGGUAAUUAAAUAUUUUAUUGAAAGGGAUAUUAAAAUUCAGUUUUGGUGGAUUAGUUGAUGAUGAAUUCUGCAGAUAACUUUGUACCCAUAAUCCAGAAAUUAAAUAACUUAAAAUAAGAUCAAAAAUGAUUACAGAUGAUGGUUUGAAAGUAAAUUAUUUAUAAAUUCUAUUCUAGAAUAUCUUUUUAAAAUGCAAAUCAAUCGAAAAAAUUGAUGUAGCUUUUUGUUCUAUGAUUUGUGGUUCAGGAUUUGAAUAUUUGACUGACAAAUCUCUAACUCUAGAGUAUCCUAAAAUUUAAAUAGCUGUAAAUCUAGAUGAUUAUAAUAUGUAAUGUUUAGAAGAAUUAUUACAAAGAAAAGCUUAUGAUUGCAAACCGACUCUCAGAAAAAAGUUAAAGAAGAUAUGA